AUGCCAGACGUUAUUUCCAAAAAACUUCCAAACCUUCGAAAAAUCAGCAUGGGGAUUUUAAAAUUCGACAAUAAUAGGGGAAUUCCUGCUGAUUCUCUUUCUUCGCUUAUAAAGCCCGAUGCUUUAAUCUGGUUAUUUACUAAAUUUCGAACAGGUGAAAUUUCAAGUUUUGAAAUCAUCUAUGAAAACGACGAAAGUACUUGGAUGAACUCUAGAGAUGGGACGAAAAGGUCGUUAGACGAUGUUGGGUUUAGUUGUGUGGACUGGGAACCUUUCGCCAGGAGUAGAGGCGCAUACACCAGUUUCAUCGGCGCAGAUAAAAGUUACUUCUGGAUACCAAAUUACACCCUUGGACCGCAGUUUAUACCUGGUACAAGAAUGUAUGGUCUUCUUUUGAAAAUGACGAAACUCAAGAACAAAGAAUUGAUGAAGAGAAGGAGAUAUGUAAGGAAUUGGGACCCGAAAGAAGAAAAGGAAUGGGAGGCUUUGGAAGAGGCGGUAGUGUGGAAAGUGCAGAGUUCGAGAGCUGAGCAGGAGAAUAAGGUAGUCGAGAUGUUGCUCAUGGAGCCUAGAAGAGUUUCUUGGAAUAAUGGGGAUGAGAGGGUACCGGCUUAUACUUGUUGGUGCAGAGAUUGUGGUGGGAGAAGGGGGCCAUAG